CAGCCAAUGAUGAGCCACCUGCGGAGCUCGGCCCCGCCCCUUUACGUCCGUUGGCCAAAAAAUAAGCGCUAGGGGCCUCUGCGCUUGCGCACUUGACUAAAGCUGCCUCACGCCCUUUCGCUCCGCCCUCGACCAUACACAAGAUGGCGGCGCCGAGGUCUUUUCCAGGUCCUUGGUCGCUCUCCGCCAGGCCGCCAUGCUGGUGAGGGCGAGCGCGGCGCUGCGGCGGGGCCUCCCGAGAAAUUUGCACUCGGGCGGCGGUGGCAUAAGAGCGACCACCGUUUGCUUCCCGUUGAGCCACCGCGCGCUCCUCCGCUUGCAAGGCCCCGAGACGCUCUCUUUCCUCCAAGGACUCCUCACCAAUGACGUGACCCCUUUCGAAGAGGUGGGCGGAGCCGCGCCGCGCGCGCUUUACGCACACGCCCUCAACGUCCAGGGGAGGUGCCUCUAUGACGUCAUCGCGUACAGACUCCAUGAAAACAAGCAAGAAGAACAGCACGUUUUGUUGGAAUGUGACGCAGGCCUCCUGGACUCCUUCCGAAAACAUCUGAAGCUGUACAAGAUCCGCAGGAAAUUAGACAUCUCGCCCUGCCUUGACCUCUCUGUGUGGGCCGUCCUUCCAAAAGAACCAUCGGCGGUUUUGCAACAUGCUGGCCAAGCUGUAGUUCUAACCGCAGAUCCCAGGGUGAAGAUUAUGGGUUGGAGGCUGAUCGCCCACAAAGACGUGAACCCUCUGGAGAUCGUCUCCGGAUGCCGGCUUGGGGAGCCGAAGGAUUACCACCGGCACAGGUAUCAACAAGGUAUCCCUGAAGGAGUGAAAGAUCUCCCGUAUGGAAUUGCUUUGCCUUUGGAAUCCAACCUGGUUUAUCUGAAUGGCGUAAGUUUUACGAAAGGCUGCUAUAUCGGUCAGGAGUUGACGGCUAGGACUCAUCACAUGGGCGUCAUCCGGAAACGGCUCCUGCCCAUUCAGCUCUCACCCUUGAUGCCUUUCGAAAGCAUUGCCGAAGGUACCGAAAUUGUGACCGAAUCGGAGAAGUCGGCGGGAAAAUUCCGCGCGGGUGAGAACGAGUUCGGAAUUGCUUUGCUGCGUCUGGCGACUAUGAAGGGGCCGCUGCGGCUCAAAGUCACCAACGAUUCUCAAGUGAUGGUCACAGCAUCCAUUCCUACAUGGUGGCCCCAACCUGCCAAUAAAUAGCCUGAUCUUCUGCUGAA